CAACCCGUGACCCGACGCAGCCGCCACGCACACACCGCGCGCUUCCUGUUCCGCGUUCCCCUUCGAUCCGAUUCAAGAAACCCUAAUCUACAUUUCGGCCACCACCGCCACCGGCCUCCAUCCUCUCCCAUCGCCAUACUCCUCUAGAUCCCUACCGGCCUAGCGCGGCGGAGCAGUUGGCACGGCGGCACGGCGCCGACGCGAGGCGAAGCACACACGCACCGGCAAGGAGGACUUCUGAUCUCUGACUUAUCAUGGAUCAGCAGAAUGUGACUCCGGGUUCCACUGAAUUUCGCGAAAGGAUUCAUCAAUGUAUGGUUAAGGUGAAGCGUGGCAAGACUUGUGCUGUUGGUGUGGUGAUUGCAUCGUGUGCUACGUUCUGCUACGUAAUAACAGAUAAGGCUAUCUUUGCAAAUCCAAGAUCAAAGCCAUAUACCAUUGUAUUUCCAGAAGGAGCCAAGCAGAAAGUGAAGCAUUCAGAUGUACGAUUCGCAGAUCAGUUGGCUGGAUUUUACCUUGAAAAGCCUCAUGACGCCGCAAUUCCAAAUGCAGUCAUUCUAAGUGAUCAAACUGUUGUGAGGAAUCAGACAUAUUAUAUGUUUUACUACACAUCUUUAGAUAAAAUAUUUAGCGGCAUAUGUGGAGCCAAUGUGACCUCUACAGGUGUGGACACCUUUAGGCAUCAUGGUAAUAGUUCGUGUUUUGGUGGACCUGUCAUUAACGAUGAACGUCAACUUAUUGGUAUUUCAACAAGGGAGGACUGCUUUCUUGCUCUUGGUGCUCAAGCAAUCAGGAGUGAACUUUUAGCUAUUCUUCGUGAGGAUGAUAGCUUCGUGGAAUUUAGCUGGACCAUGGAUGGUAUUGUACAGUACAUACGAAAUAUGCAUGCACCACAAAAAAAGAGUUUGCCGCUCCAAGAACCAUUGGUGUGAUGACCACAAAGCAUGAUAGCUCAUCAGACAACUGUGAUGAUCACAAAGGAUGGCUGGCACUCUUGGCUGCUGAUGUUCCGGGCAAGGUUAAAGUCCAUCCAUGGAGAUUAGCAAAAAAUGGACCCGCGCAGUUACAUAAGAGCUACACAAAAGGAGAUGCGGGGUGAAUAAAUUAUGUAAAACCUGGUUAAGUGUACCUCUGGUGUACAUUGUGAACCUUUUGGCAUCUGAAUGUGCGGGCUAUUAAUAUUAACACAUCAGUUGAUCGAAAAGAAGAACCAUUGGUGUUGGUUAGAUUAGUUUGAACGAGUCAGUGUUAUUAGUUUGAUA